GGGGCGCUGAGGCGGCGAGCGGGAGAGCGCGAGAGGGAGGACCGCCCUCCUCCUCCUCCAGUCUGCGCGUGCGCGAGAGAGAGAGAGUGUGUGUUCGAGAGCCGCCUCGCUCGUCCCGCUCCGGCUGAGAGAUGCUGCGUUUACCAACAGUGCUUCGUCAAAUUAGGCCAGUAUCAAGAGUACUGGCCCCACACCUUACAAGAGCCUAUGCAAAAGAUGUUAAAUUUGGGGCAGAUGCUAGAGCUCUUAUGCUACAGGGAGUGGACCUCCUAGCUGAUGCUGUAGCUGUCACCAUGGGACCAAAGGGGAGAACAGUAAUUAUUGAGCAGAGUUGGGGAAGUCCCAAGGUGACAAAGGACGGUGUGACAGUAGCCAAGGCGAUCGACUUGAAGGACAAAUACAAAAACAUUGGAGCCAAGCUGGUUCAGGAUGUCGCAAACAAUACCAACGAAGAGGCAGGCGAUGGCACCACAACUGCAACAGUGCUGGCACGUUCAAUAGCCAAGGAGGGGUUUGAAAAGAUCAGCAAAGGAGCAAAUCCCGUAGAAAUCAGGAGAGGGGUGAUGCUGGCCGUAGAUGCUGUCAUCGCUGAACUGAAACAACUGUCCAAACCGGUCACAACGCCAGAAGAAAUUGCUCAGGUCGCCACAAUAUCUGCAAAUGGAGACAAGGAAAUCGGCAACAUAAUUUCUGAUGCUAUGAAAAAAGUUGGACGAAAGGGUGUUAUCACAGUGAAGGAUGGGAAAACACUGAACGAUGAGCUGGAAAUUAUUGAAGGUAUGAAGUUUGACCGAGGAUACAUCUCUCCCUACUUCAUUAAUACAGCCAAAGGACAGAAGUGUGAAUUCCAAGACGCUUACAUUUUACUCAGUGAAAAGAAGAUUUCCAGUGUUCAGUCCAUAGUCCCAGCUCUUGAGAUUGCCAAUAAUCACCGUAAGCCUUUAGUUAUUAUUGCUGAAGAUGUUGAUGGGGAGGCCCUCAGUACCCUCGUGUUAAACAGACUGAAGGUUGGUCUGCAAGUUGUUGCUGUGAAAGCACCAGGUUUUGGUGACAACAGAAAAAACCAGCUGAAAGAUAUGGCGAUUGCAACUGGCGGUGCAGUGUUUGGGGAGGAAGGCUUGAGCCUAAAUGUAGAAGACAUUCAGCCUCACGACUUUGGUAAAGUUGGAGAAGUCAUUGUGACGAAAGACGAUUGCUUGCUCCUGAAAGGGAAAGGGGAUAAAAGUGCCAUUGAAAAACGCAUUCAGGAAAUAGUCGAGCAGCUGGAAGUUACAAGCAGCGAAUACGAGAAGGAGAAGCUGAAUGAACGCCUGGCUAAACUUUCUGAUGGAGUAGCGGUGCUAAAGGUUGGGGGCACAAGUGAUGUUGAGGUGAACGAGAAGAAAGACAGAGUCACAGAUGCCCUCAACGCCACCCGUGCGGCCGUAGAAGAAGGCAUCGUUCUCGGGGGCGGCUGCGCGUUGCUGCGUUGCAUCCCGGCACUUGACAACUUGACUCCGGCCAACGAUGAUCAGAAGACCGGCAUAGACAUUAUCAAGAGAACACUAAAAAUCCCAGCAAUGACUAUUGCUAAGAAUGCAGGCGUUGAAGGGUCCCUGAUAGUGGAGAAAAUCAUGCAAAGCCCCCCUGACGUCGGCUACGAUGCUAUGCUGGGUGACUUUGUAAAUAUGGUGGAGAAAGGCAUCAUUGACCCAACCAAGGUUGUCAGAACAGCCCUGAUGGAUGCAGCUGGCGUCGCCUCCCUUCUGUCUACUGCUGAAGCCGUGGUAACAGAAAUCCCUAAAGAGGAGAAGGAAGCGGCCAUGGGCGGCAUGGGGGGAGGCAUGGGAGGGGGCAUGUUCUAAUAAUCCUAGAGGGGGGUAGAUGGAUGCGCAUCAUGAACUAUAACAAUUGUGACUUGACAGUUCACACUUCAGGUCUUUGUGAGGGACAGGGCGGAGGAGAGCGACUGCAGAAGGGGGCAGUGUUCAGAGAAUCAUUGUAACAUUAGUUACUGGAUUUCAGUUGACACAACGUAUAAUCGUUUACGGCCAUUGUCCACAAGCAGAUAAUUUAUUUUGUAUUUUGAAUAAAAAAGACGUUUCUACAUUCCUGGUACUGGGUGCAAGAUCUGUGUACCGAUGUGCUCUCAACAAAUCAGCAGAAGUGCAUUAAAAGUUCUGUUUAAACCAGGAUUUAUUAGUGCUUGCUAUCGCUAGGAAAUCUGGAAGCCAUUGUGUGCAGAACGGGAUUGAAAAAACUGUGUACAAAGUAGACAAAUAUACAAUUAUGUGACAACUUUAUGUAAUAAAAGAUCGUUCAAAGAUA